CAUCUAUUCACACAUCUGCAUAUUCAACAUGUUACAAGAGCUAACCUUCAUUACCAUAUUAAUGCUACAUUGCCAACAUGGUGUUGGUAUUGAGAUUUUUCACCACAUCGCCGGUGAGGGAACUAUUGCCAAACCCAGCUGUGACCAAGGUACCAUUAAAGUGAUCGCAUCCAAUUAUGGCCGUACAAAUAAGACAGCCUGCCCAGGAGACUUUGCAGGACAACCCCAGCUCAAUAUUGACACAUGUUUAUAUGAUGUCACCAGUACUUUGGCCCAAAAAUGUGACAGACAAGAGAGUUGUUCCCAUGAUGUGAACAAUGGCAUAUUCAAAGAUGCUUGCGGAGGAUUUUACAAAUAUCUGAACGUGUCCUAUAUCUGUUUAAAAACACAGGCGCCACUCGACUGUGAUGGAAAGACAUGCAAGGAAUUUACAAUCUGUCAAUAUGAGAAGAAAGCCAUCCCCUGUGGCGAUCAAAAGAUUUCUGUCUUCUAUGCAAACUAUGGAAGGACAGAUUUGUUGACUUGCCCUCAUUCUAACGCUACUCUCACAUCCACCCUGUGCUUCUCAGACCAGACCAAGACCGUGCAACUUCUGUGUAAUAAAAAAAAUGACUGCAAACUAUAUGUUUCAAGUUUAACUUACCUCGAUCAGUGCCCUGAUGUCCACAAAUAUUUGGCUGUGUAUUACAUUUGCAAAUAGAAGCAAGUAAGUACUAGAUGAAAACGGUCAGUUAUCUUAGUGAGAGUUGUUAGUGUUGCAAAAUCAAAACUUCCUAAUUAUUUGUAAUAAAAACCAAUCUCUGCUUUUUGGUUCACAAAUUAUGAUGUAAAUUCUCUGGUUUCCCCCAAUUUUCAUAACUUUAAGUCUGACUGCCCGGCCAAUGAAAUCAACUACACAUCAGAAAACAUCUCUAUUACUGUGACCUUCUAUUGAGUGGCGUGAAAAUCUUCUGCUUCAUUUACCAUGGGAUUAUUAUUGAUCAUGCUUUCUUCAUAAGAUUUAACAAAAUUGCAACGUUAUAAUAAGUCAUAUUAAUGUUUAGAUUUAUUUCAGUGAUUAGUUUGGACAA